AUGUCGUCCAAUAACCGCAAAAAACUGCUCCUGAUGGGGCGCUCUGGGGCCGGCAAAUCAUCCAUGAGGUCGAUAAUCUUCUCGAACUAUUCUGCGUUUGACACGCGUAGGCUUGGGGCGACAAUUGAUGUGGAGCACUCGCAUUUGCGGUUCCUGGGGAAUAUGACGCUGAACCUGUGGGAUUGCGGCGGGCAGGACGUAUUUAUGGAGAACUACUUCACGCAGCAGAAGGACCACAUUUUCCAGAUGGUGCAGGUGCUGAUACACGUUUUUGAUGUGGAGUCGCAGGAGGUGAUUCGUGACAUCGAGAUAUUCACGCGCGCGCUCAAGCACCUGAAGCGGUACAGCCCGGACGCCAAGAUAUUCGUGCUGUUGCACAAGAUGGAUCUUGUGCAGCUGGACAAGCGACAUGAGCUGUUUGAGAUCAUGAUGAGCAAGCUGCAGGAGACCUCCGCGGUAUACGGGUUCCCGGACCUGGUGGGCUUCCCGACCAGCAUCUGGGACGAAAGUCUCUACAAGGCUUGGUCCAAAAUCGUGUGCUCGUUAAUCCCGAACAUGAACGUCUACCAGUCGAACCUCAAGAAGCUGAAGCAGGUGAUGGACGCGCGGGAGAUCAUUCUGUUUGAGAAGGCCACAUUCCUGGUCGUGUGCUCGAGUAACACGUCGAUGGGCGAGGCGUUGGACCCGAAGCGCUUUGAGAAGAUCAGCAACGUGAUGAAGAACUUCAAGCAGAGCAGCAUGAAGCUGAAGAGCUCCUUCAAGACGCUUGUGCUGAACGACACCAUUUAUGUGAGCGAGAUUUCGCCCAACAUGAUGUGCUUUAUUGUCCUCACCAAGAGCGAUGAUCCCAAAGACCUAGUCCUCGAAAAUAUCAAGAAAGCCAAGCAGUAUUUUCAAUGA